AAAUAAUUCUCAAAUAAAAAAAAAAUAGAAUUUCCACCAAAUUCCACCCCAGACCCAGAGCCGGACCCCAUCGAUUUUCUGCCCUCAAAUUCCAUCUCAUCGUUGCUUCAAGCUUCUCUUCUCUUUUGCGUCUCAAUCUCAUACGCGCACUCCAGGUUAUUUAAGUUACAACAUUGUUUGGAGAUUGUUCAAAUUGAGGUUUCACAGUUUCCCUCAAAGUUGGUAAAAGCUAAAGGAGCUAUCUUUAAUGUUAGCGGAAAGGCCGCGGAGGUAAAGCUUUGAUCUGGGAUCCUAAAGUAUGUAUCGCUCUGGGGCUGCAACCACUAAUAGAGGUGGGUUGCAAACAGAUAGUGGAGAUUCUAUUGUGACACUAGAUCAAGUCCCACGUUGGAGAGAUUCGGAGUUCAGAUACUCAUACGAGAAUGAUGAUUCGGCUUUCCAGAAUCCAUAUUUUCCAGACCCUUUGACAUCUGGAGCUGAAGGAGAGAAUAAUGGAAAUGGAAUGGUAUCUAGGUUUCCCAUUGAUCAUGAGGUUAACUCAAAGAUAUAUCUUUGGAGGGGGAACCCAUGGAAUCUUGAGGUGGAUGCCGUAGUUAAUUCGACAAAUGAGAACUUGGAUGAAGCACACAGCAGUCCUGGUUUGCAUGCUGCAGCGGGACCUGGUCUUGCUGAAGAAUGUGCUACACUGGGUGGCUGCCGAACAGGGAUGGCAAAGGUUACACAUGCUUAUGACCUUCCAGCAAGGAGGGUUAUACAUACAGUUGGUCCCAAGUAUGCUGUAAAAUAUCAUACAGCUGCAGAGAAUGCACUUAGUCAUUGCUACAGAUCUUGUCUUGAACUUCUCAUCGAAGAAGGACUCCAGAGCAUUGCUGUGGGAUGUAUAUAUACUGAAGCCAAAAAUUAUCCACGAGAACCAGCUGCCCAUGUGGCCAUAAGAACUGUUAGACGAUUUCUUGAGAAACAGAAAGAUAAAAUACAUGCAGUUGUAUUUUGUACCAUAACCGCAUCUGAUACAGAGAUAUAUAAAAGAUUGCUCCCUCUUUACUUUCCCCGAGAUAAACUUGAGGAGGAAGUAGCUAUGGUGAGACAGUUAUCGACGAACGCAAAAUCAGAAUAAAGCCUUUACCAAAUUUGAAGACUGUUCCAAAAUCUCCCGAGACGUCUGCUGAUUUUCCGGUCAGUGAUAUUGCGCUGACAAGACGGGAUUCGUCAUACUUGGAUUCAUAUCUGGAUCCUGCUUUUAUGUCCUUGAUCAAAGAUCCAGAUGAGAGACGGAGAGAACAAUGGGAGAAGGCAGCUCAGGCACGAAAUGGUUGGAAUUAUGCUAGAAUGCUUGGAUACGGGGACCUUGGGGGUCCUCCUUUAUCUGCUGCUGAAGAAUACUCCCUCCAUUCUAGAUAUCUUGCUAAAGCAAACUCACUUAAUCUGUCUGACAUUGCUGAAAUGAAAAUUGUUUAUCGAGGUGGGGUUGAUAGUGAAGGUCGCCCAGUAAUGGUGGUUGUUGGAGCACAUUUUCUCCUAAGAUGUCUCGAUCUAGAGCGUUUUGUUCUGUAUGUAGUGAAGGAGUUCGAACCCCUGAUACAGAAGCCGUACACAAUAGUUUAUUUCCAUUCAGCAGCAUCCUUGCAGAUGCAACCAGAUCUGGGGUGGAUGAAGAGAUUAGAGCAAAUACUUGGACGGAAACACCAGCGUAAUCUUCAUGCUAUAUAUGUCCUUCAUCCAACUUUCGGGCUGAAAACUGCAGUAUUUGCGAUGCAAUUAUUUGUAGAUGAUGUGGUGUGGAAGAAGGUGGUCUACGUUGAUCGUCUUCUGCAGCUAUUCGGAUAUGUACCUCGUGAACAACUGUCUAUUCCUGAUUUUGUAUUCCAGCAUGAUUUAGAGGUGAAUGGAGGAAAAGGCUUUAUCGUGGAUCCAAGAACAAAAUACGUCUAUCAGCGACCAUAGAUGCUGUACGCUUAGCUGUUCCUCUACUCACCAGUAACACAGCAACUCUCCAGCAUUGUGAAUCUUUUUUAAUACCUUUCCAAUUAACUUUUAGGUCAGGUUGUAAGGUUAUUUUUUCUUUUUUCUUUGAGUAUGCGUGUAUUCAUGCAUUUUUUCAGCAUCUUUCCUAAAGAUGUUAAUGUGUAUUAAGACAUACCUUUCUGUAUCAUUUUCUUUAUUCAGAACAAGUGUUUUUCUGUACAAUUAUGAAACAGGCCGCUGCCAAUUUUCUUCGUUUUCUAAAACCAUGUUCACUCCUUAGACAGGUGACAUGCAAA